AUGCAGACCACUAAGGCACUGUUCGUUAUUCCAGUUCUGAUCCGCUCCUGUACCAGGGGUCUAAUCAGGCCUGUGUCUGCCUCCCUCUUGAGUAGACCAGAGGCCCCAUCUACACAGCCUUUUUGCAGCAGCUCCCCUCUCCAGGUGGCCAGACAGGAAUUCCAGACCAGUGGUGUUUCCCGGGACAUUAACACAGCUGCCAAGUUUAUUGGUGCUGAGGCUGCCAUAGUUGGUGUGGCUGGAUCCGGGGCUGGCAUUGGAACAGUGUUUGGUAGCUUGAUCACUGGCUAUGCCAGGAACCCGUCUCUCAAGCAACAGCUCUUCUCCUAUGCCAUUCUGGGCUUUGCCCUGUCUGAGGCCAUGGGACUCUUCUGUUUAACAGUCGCCUUCCUCAUCCUCUUCCCCAUGUGA